CAAAACAAUUCUCUCACUCCUCCUUCCACCCUUUACGAAACUUUUUGAAACUUUUUACAAACUCUCUCUUUAUCACAAGCAAUACGAGAGGAAUAAAAGUUACUCAUUAAACGAAAAAUCAAAAAGAGAAAGAAAAGCCAAGGUUUUCUCCCUCCUCUGCAAAAAAAAAAACCCAAUAACCCCUUCUUCUUCCCUUUUCCUCAUUCUCCGUCGGUGCUUCAGAGUCUCAACUUUGAUCUUCUCCUCAAAUGGCUCAUACCCUUUUGUUUUAGGGUUUCCAUGGUUACUGGGCCACCUUCAAGUUCGUUCCUUUCGGUGUUUUUCGCCCCCAUUCUGUAGUGCUAGGUCUUGAACCCGCUAAAGGGUCGUCGAGGCUGGAGUGAGUUGAAGUGGGAGCGUGGAAAACAGAAAAGGGGUGGUCGUCGCAUUAAAUUUGUCAAAAAGAGAGGGGUUUUAUCUUCUUAUUACUUUGUGUGUUUUUAUGUUUUUUGUGGGGCUUCUGUGAACAGUGGUUGCUUUUUGGAAGCUUAUUUUGGAAGCAAUUUACUCUUCCCCUUUUGAACGUGAUUGUAUUUAGUGCUCUCAUGGACUCUCACAAUGUUCUCUUUUGGUCUUAUCAAUAGUGGGGGUUGUGUUUUUUUUUUCUUCUUUCCCUUUUUUGAUGAGGAGCCAUUGGACUUGUGAAACCCGUGAAUUUGGUGGAUUUAUGUAGGGAGUUGGAGUAGCAGGCCUUAUUUAUUUCAUUUAUUUAGUGAAUUUUGGUAGAUCAGGGUGGUGGUUUGUUUAUGGAUGGCAUUGAUGAUUUAGGGUCACAAUGGUUUGGAUAUAUGGGGCAUUGGAUCGAUGGUGAUGGGAAUCAAUAGCAUUAGCCAUUUGUUAUUUUGUUAGGAAUGAUGAUAUGAGGUUCCAUUUGUAGUCAUAGGAGUGAGGUUUCACCAAGAUUCUGGGGAAUUUGAGGAGGCCUUGGUGAUGGAGGACAUAGGGUUGUUCAAGCAGUGUUGGCAAUGGUUUCGAUCGCAGAAGGACGCCGGCUGGCGUGCUCGAACCACAGUGACAUGGUGCAGAGAUAGGACUGCUGUGUUCAUUGAACGGCAUUGGCCUAUGGUGUGCAGGGGCUGCUCCAGAUUGGGGAGCUUACUGAGGUUGUCAGUGAUUUUCUGGAAGGACUCUGCUCUGAGGGGCUUUCAGUCCUUCAUUAGGUUUGGUCCAGUGAUGCUUCUGCUUAUAAUGUGGAGCUGCUUUCUGAGUCUGACUUCGAUGUAUUGCUUGGUUUACGUGCUUGUUAGCAUGGGUGUUGCUGGAGUAGCUGUCCAAUACUUGGGUUAUACUCCUGGGCUUUUUAUUGUGGGCCUUUUUGCCAUCCUUAUUUUGUGGAUGUAUGCUAACUUCUGGAUAACCGGGACAUUACUCGUAGUUGGAGGUUAUUUAUUCUCCCUAAAUCAUGCACGCCUGGUGGUAUUAAUUGGAACUAUAUAUGCUAUAUACUGUGUUCAAGUACGAGUGGGAUGGCUGGGUGUUUUUCUUGCUAUUAACCUUGCAUUCCUCUCUAAUGACAUUUUGAAUUUUCUGCUCCAAUGGUUUGAUAAUGUGAGUGAGAGUUCACAUUCUGAAGAGCAAAAGCAAUCAGAAACAAUUGUGGAAGAUGAUUUCUCUGAAGAGUGUGAAUAUCCUAUCCCUACUGAUGAAUCUGAGAAUUUGCAUUCAUGUAAAUCAUCCAGUAAACCUGCUGUUACCACAGCAGUUGUUGAUAAUAAGAAAGAACUUUCUGUUAACAAAGUUGUUAAAGAGCAAAUAACAACAACAACAACAACAAGCUCGGUUGAUGAAAUGAAAAGGAUCCUCAAGAGUCUGAAUCAUUAUGAUGCCCUUGGAUUUAGCCGCCACAAGAAGAUUGAUGCCGCUGUUUUGAAAAAGGAAUACAGGAAAAAGGCUAUGCUUGUUCAUCCUGAUAAAAAUAUGGGCAGUUCUUUGGCAAGUGAGUCAUUUAAGAAGCUUCAGUGCGCAUACGAGGUUCUUUCUGACUCCGUAAAGAAGCGAGACUAUGAUGAGCAAUUAAGAAAAGAAGAAUCCAUGGCUAAGAGUGUCUGCCAGAGAUCCCAUAGUAGUUCACAUCAGGAUAAUGCUGAUUAUCGUUCUGAAGAAUCCAGACGAAUACAGUGCACCAAGUGUGGGAAUUCACAUAUUUGGGUAUGCACCAACAGGAACAAGGCCAAAGCAAGAUGGUGUCAGGACUGCUGUCAGUUUCAUCAAGCCAAGGAUGGAGAUGGAUGGGUUGAAUAUAAAGGGUCUUUGGUUUUUGACAGGCCCCAAAAGGUGGAGAUUCCACGUGCUUUUGUUUGUGCCGAGAGCAAAAUUUUUGAUGUGUCAGAAUGGGCUAUAUGUCAGGGAAUGGCUUGCAGGCCAAAUACCCAUCGACCGAGUUUCCAUGUAAACAUGGUUGGCUUGGAGAAAAGCCAACGUUGCAACUCGAGUAGAUUCCCGUGGGAUUUUGAUGCUGAAAUGAUGGAUGAAGAUGAAGAGGCAUUUGACCUGUGGCUUGAGCAGGCUCUGGCAUCUGGUCUCUUCUGCGAGACCUCUAAACGCAGGAAGAGUUGGAGUCCAUUCAAAUUGCAUCAAAAGAAAGGGAAGAAGCAAUGGAGAAGAACAUCGUGCUGAAGCUUGAAGUCUGUUGGGAAAAUUCAUAUUUCAUUGCAUGUCCUCAAGGGAUUGAUGGAGUUAAACAUUUUGUAUAAGAAAAGUGAUGGAUGCAUUGCUGAUAUCAAAACAAGUAGCAAGGACUAGCAACACUCAAAAAGAUGCCUUAUCAAAGAUAGAUGAGAGCCAUGGGUUAAAUUAUGAGAAGAGAACCAAGGUUGGCAAGUUACUUAACCACAUCCCAUAUAUGUACUAAGGUAUUAGAAGUUCAAAAGAACCUUGGUUUCUAGGUUUUUCCCUCAUUGCUCAUUUGCUCGUUCAGGUUUACAGAAUCCAGCAUGAGCUGGUUGACAUGGAUCUGUGGCUUAGUGUAUUCUUGUUACAUUCAUUAGAAGGUGGGUUUUUUUAGGGUUACCAAGGAAAGGACUCCUACUUUUGGUCCUUUGUACAUACGGCAAAUAAAAAUUUCUCAUUUGGUAAAUGACUACUUGAUUAUCAGCAUUCAUUUUAGAACCAUGUAACAUCCAUGACUUUGAAAAAAGAAAAAAAGAAAUUUUUUCUUAAUUUUAAUCCUUGGAGCUAA